UUGGGGUUGCGGUUCGAGAUGCCGUGACAGCAGAGUCCACACGAGGAGAACAAGACCCUAACGCUGGUCACGGGCGCAGCUGAGCCUGCUUAGCUUACUGCAGAGUUCAAGCGCUCGGCGCAGAUCUCUAGCGUCGGGCUGGACGAGAAGCCUAAGGAAAUGGCUGGGCCCGAGCCCGGUGGCGUCGUCUGGCAGUCAGACGGAGAGAUCGAUAUGGAUCUGCUGCCUCCGAUUAGCGCGUCUAUGGGCGCCCUGGGCUCCCUUCCCGGGAAGCUGGAUGCGCUCAAGGAUUCCGAACUCAUGGAUGAGAUCCGGAAACUUGUAUCCCGUCUGCUGAAGCUCUCCAAGCCACAGGACCCCCGUCAUGCAGCGAGGAUCUGGAUGAAUGAGGCGCGCGAACUAUCCUAUGAAAUGGUCAACUGUGUCGACGCCGAUGCAGAUUGGAUCGACAAGAUGUCAAGAAUAUUCAAGCCACGCGUGAAGGAGGCCAAUGGGCGGUACGACAGAUACAAGCUUGAGAGCGUCCGCAGCCGUGCAGCUGUCUUAGCGAUCCCAAUGGUGGUCGGCGACGGCGGCCGGAAGCCAGAUCUACUCGUCGGCCUUCACGCCAAUGGUGGCGCCUUCGAAACGCUCCGCAAAAAUCUGAUCGACCGGGACGAGCAGCUCAAGGUGCUAUCCGUUGUUGGUGUUGGAGGAAUCGGCAAGACCACGGUUGCCAAAGAGCUAUGGCGUGAGCACAAACCCGGGCACCACUUCCGCUGCCGGGCUUUCGUGCGGACCGCCAAGAAACCUGACAUGAGGAGGAUCCUGAGGAGCAUACUCGCACAAGUUCGUCCGGACCAACCACCCGACGCUAAUGAGGUGCACGAGCUCAUUCAUGACAUCAACGAGCAUCUAAAGCAUAAAAGGUACUUCAUUAUAAUUGAUGACUUAUGGGAUACAUCAGUAUGGGAUGUUGCAGCCCGUGCUUUCCCAAAGGGUAACGAUGGCAGCAGGAUAAUAACAACAACAGAAAUUGAGGAUGUUGCUCUUGCAUGUUGCAGUUAUCAGUCCAAGUACAUGCUUAAGAUGGAACAUCUUAGCGAGAGUCACUCAAAAGAGUUGUUCACCAGUGCAGUGUUUGGCUCUGGAGAACAACACUCUCGACAAGUAGAUGAAGUGUCAGAUGAGAUUAUAAGAAGAUGUGCUGGUUUACCACAGGCAAUUAUCAGCAUAUCCAGUGUUCUAGCAAGCCAUGGAGAAGCAAAUACAGUAGAGAACUGGGAGCAAAUACAAAAAAGUUUUCUAACAAAUACAACUUCUGACGAGAUACUGAAAGAAGUACUGAUUUUUUGCUACAAUAGGCUUCCCAGUUGUGUUCAGACAUGUCUGUUGCAUCUUAGUGUAUACCCAGAGAACUAUGUUAUCUUGAAGGAAGAUAUAACGAAGCAAUGGGUUGCUGAAGGUCUCAUCAGUGCACCAGCAGAGAAAGGAAAAAUGGAAAUUGCCGGGAGCUAUUUUGAUAUGCUUGUUAGUAUGGGCAUGAUCCAACAUAUAGACGUAGACUAUGGCAAUGAUGUUGUGUACUAUGCGGUGCAUCACAUGGUACAUGAUAUCAUUACAUCCAAGUCCAGAGAAGAGAAUUUUGUCACUGUAAUAGAUUAUUCUCAAAGGGCGGUACGGUUUUCUAACAUGGUUAGCCGUCUGUCCCUCCAGUUCGGCAGUGCAACAUAUGCAACUACACCAGCACGUAUCGGACUGUCGCAAAUGCGAUCUCUUGCUUAUACUGGACUGAUGAGCUGCUUGCCUUCCAUAUCAGAGUUUAAGCUUCUUCGAGUACUGAUUCUCCAUAUUUGGGCUGAUCAACCAAGCACAGGUGUGGACCUGGAGUGUAUCUCUGGAUUGCUUCUGUUGAGAUAUUUGCAGGCGACAUGCAACAGCACCGUGCAUCUUCCAGAGCAGAUGCAGCGUCUGAAACACUUGGAAACACUUGAAAUAAAUGCAAAAGUAGCAGCCAUUCCAUCGGAUAUUGUUCAUCUUCGAAACUUGUUGCAUCUCCGUCUAGGAGGUGGGACAGAACUGCCUGAUGUGACUGGUGUCCUCACAAAUGAUACCCUGAAUCCUCCUAGUGCUGCCACUUUAUUGGAUGAUUGGAGCAGUUCUCCCGAUUCACUGAACACAAUGGAGCUAUUGCCACCCAUUUGCAGAAUCCCCAAGUGGAUUGGACAGCUAACUAACCUCUGCAUUCUGAAAGUUGUCGUCAGAGAACUGCUAAGGAAUGAUAUCGGUAACAUGAAAGGAUUGCCAUCCCUCACUCUUCUCUCAUUGCACGUCCAGGGAGGAACUACAGAACUAAUCGGCUUCGCAUCAGGAGCAUUUUCUGCUCUCGUGUAUUUUGAGUUCAGGUGUGGUGAACUGCGCCUGAUGUUUCAGGAAGGAGCAAUGCCCAAUCUUCAGAGAAUCAAGCUAGGUUUCAAUGUUCGCAGAGGAAAACAGUAUGUGCCUUUGCUUAGCGGCAUUGAGAACCUGUCAAACGUCCAGGAAAUUUCUUGGAUAAUUGGCGCAGCCCCUGGUGCCGAUGAGCAUGAUUUUCAGGCUGCAAAAUCUGCAUUUAUGAAAGCUGUUAGCAAGCUCUGUAGUAAAGUCAGUGUAAAAAGAGCAGAUAUGGUUGAGGAAGAGUGUGAUCCGGCAGAAAAACAGAGAGAGGAAGAUGCAUCAAGCAGUGUAAAAAGUGAACAACCUGCAAUUCCGAAACAAGAAUCUGAGGAAGAUAUAAAACAAAAUGCCGGUGGCAGUUUGCUCAGCGGCAUUGAGAACCUGUCAAGCGUCCAGGAAAUUUCUGGAAUAACUGGGGUAGCCACGGGUGCGGAAGAACAUGAUAUUCAAGCUGCAGAAUCUGCAUUCAUGAAGUCCGUCAGUGAGAAACGUAGUAAGGUCAGUAUAAAAAGAGCAUCUAUGCUUGAGCAAGGGUAUGGUCCGGCACAAAAACAACAUGUGAUCCGAGAGAAAGAUGCAUCAAGCAGUAUAAAAAGUGAACAACCUGUAAUUCCGAAACAAGAGUCCGGUGGCAACUAUCAGUUCAUUCAACGGAGGAGAAAUACCAAGGAAACUGCAAAUAUGGUGCAAGGUUUGUCAGGGAACCGGGAACUUCGUGGCGGUGCCGUUGGAGAAGCUAACAAGGUGGAAUAUUUCUCUCUUUCUCAGGAAGAAGAACGUCAGAAUAGCCUGUGGAAAGGCUACAUCAGCAUGAAUUUUAAACUCCAUGAGAUCGAAGAUAUCACAAACAACUUUGCAGAUUAUAGGAAAGUCGGCAGCGGUGGUUACGGAGAUGUUUACAGGGCGACCUAUCAAGGGGAAGAGAUUGCUGUGAAGAAGCUCCAUCAAUUGCAGGGACUCGAUGAUAAGCAGUUCCACAGCGAGUUCCUUGACCUUCAUAAGGUACGCCACCAAAACGUUGUGCGGCUCAUUGGCUACUGCUACGAGACUCGGAGCAGACAGGUGAAUCAUAAUGGGGAACUUGUCUUCGUGAAAAUCAUGGAGCGGGUGCUCUGCUUCGAAUAUAUGCAGGGCGGAAGCCUCGAUAAACAUAUUACAGAAGAAUCUUGUGAACUUGAUUGGCCCAUAUGUUAUAAAAUCAUCAGAGGGACUUGUGAGGGCUUAAAUUACCUUCACAGCGCGCAGGAGAAGCCUAUUUUCCAUCUAGACAUAAAGCCAGCCAAUAUUUUGCUGGAUAAGAGCAUGACACCUAAAAUUGCGGAUCUUGGUUUGUCCAAACUUGUUUUUUCAACAUUAGCACAUAAAAGAGAGAUUGUCAAUGGGACACACGGGUACAUGCCCCCGGAAUAUGUAGAACGUGGCUUUGUAUCGAAGAAGUUUGACGUAUUCAGUUUGGGAGUGGUGAUUAUAAAAAUGAUGGCCGGUAAUAUGGGCUACUUCUGUCGUGCUGAAAAGUCUCCCAAAGACUUCAUUGAGCAUGUAACUGAAAACUGGACGAGAAGGUUGCAGGAAAAGCCUGGAUAUUCCUCGCACGAAAUAGAUAUCCUCCGAGUGAGUACAACUGUGGAGAUUGCACUAAGGUGUGUGGCCAGGGACAGAAACGAAAGGCCAUCUAUCAGGGACAUCGUCCAUGAACUUGCGGAACUAGAAGCUAAGAUUGAGAAAAUGUCACUAGCUUCUGAUCUGCCAAAAGAUCUCACUUUCCAGAGAAGCUGCAACACUAACAUUAUGUCGGUGGAUCCGCCCACGGUGCUGCGGUUCCUCUUUGAGCUAAGGAAGGAGGCGUCGUGCUGCCUGCAGCUAACCAACAAGACAGGUGGCUUCAUCGCAUUCAACAUAUUGAUCGACGAGAACAAGUACAGUGUGCGGCCAAGCCAAGGGACCAUCCCGCCGUUCUACAGCCGUCACGUGGGCGUGACUCUGCGAGCGCAGGAGGCGGCGCCACCAUACAUGCGGUGCGGCGACUUGCUCCUUGUGCAGAGCACCGGCGUCAGCCAAGAUCUUGUGAUCGAUUAUGAAGAAUUGUUCAAGACGGCCAUGGUGAAUGAGGUGAAGCUGCGAAUCGCUUAUGUCACAUUGGACCAGUAGAAUCCUCCACCAAGAACCGAAAAUAGCUCAGGUGGUAAAGAGCCGUAUUGGUAAAUUCAGAUAAUUAUUGAGUAGUUUUUUGCGAAAGGGUGUUGUUUUGAGGUCUCUUUAAUUGUAUCUUCUUCGAUGAUGUCGUGUUCAUCGUCUUGAAGAUGCACUUGUGCCACCAUAGUCCACUGUGAGAUGAACUCCUAGAUGUGUGCACUGUUAGGCCAUUUGUGAACUGAAUUUGAUGUACCCAAGCGUCAUUCUGGAUA